UUCUCAUGUUUCUAUUCUUUUUCCUCCAUUCUCUUUACCACUCCUCUCGUUUUCCCCUCCUUUUUUGAGAAAUCUCGUAGUGCUUCUCUUCCAACCUCUCUUUCUCUCUCUAGGGUUUCGCUCUCAUUCUAGAUUCACAACAGAUACUAUCUGCAGAUUCGAAUUCGAACAUUCAACCCUUGAUUCCACAAUUCUCUUCAAGUUUUGACGUUGAGUUUACUUUUCAAAUCGAUGGUUACAGUAUCUUAGAGAGUUCAAUAUUGAAAAAAGGUAGAUGGUAUGCGGGAGUUGUGUAAGGUCUUUUUUGGUUGUUCAAGCUGGAACCUUCGCCAACAGAGUGAGAAUCAACGGAUUUGGGAGGAGUUUGCGGCUAGUCAGUGGUUUUUCUUCGAUUAGUGAAUACAAGACAAUCACAGGGAUGAUGAUUCAUACAGGUUCUAUGUCAAGGGCUGGACCCCUUGUUGAUAUGAUGCCUGAGAAAGAUGAUGAUGGUCGGUUUGCCAGUGGAGGAUGGAAAUGUGAAGAUGGAAGGCUUAGCUGUGGGUAUUCAAGUUUUAGGGGGAAGAGAGCAACAAUGGAAGAUUUUUAUGAUAUCAAGACAUUGAAGAUUGGUGACCAAUCAGUAUGCUUAUUUGGAAUAUUUGAUGGUCAUGGUGGUUCUCGUGCUGCUGAGUAUUUGAAGGAACAUCUCUUUGAUAAUCUCUUGAAGCAUCCAAAAUUUUUGACAGAUGCCAAAUUGGCUAUAAGUGAAACAUAUCAACAGACUGACGCUAACUUUCUGGAUGCCGAAAAGGACACUUUCAGGGAUGAUGGAUCUACAGCUUCGACAGCAGUCUUGGUUGAUAACCAUCUUUAUGUAGCUAAUGUUGGAGAUUCUAGGACCAUAAUAUCAAAAGCUGGUAAAGCAAUUGCUCUCUCUGAGGAUCAUAAGCCAAAUAGAAGUGAUGAAAGGAAGAGAAUUGAGAAUGCUGGUGGUGUUGUCAUGUGGGCAGGUACUUGGAGGGUAGGAGGGGUUCUAGCAAUGUCUCGGGCCUUUGGAAACCGUAUGUUGAAGCAGUUUGUUGUAGCAGAACCUGAGAUCCAGGACCAGCAGAUGGAUGAACAAAUUGAACUUCUUAUUCUUGCAAGUGAUGGACUCUGGGAUGUGGUACAGAACGAUGAUGCUGUUUCUCUUGCCCGCACAGAAGAGGAGCCCGAGGCCGCUGCUCGGAAGUUAACAGAAGCAGCAUUUUCCCGAGGGAGUGCUGAUAACAUUACAUGCAUUGUGGUGCGAUUCCAUCAUGAUAAAAAGGACAUAGCUAAACCUGACAAAGCAGAAUCAGCUAGUGUUCAGCGUGAGUAGACAAUAUGAAAACACAUAUUAUGCAUGUGUUGGUUCUAUUCGCCUCAAAUUGAAUGAACUGAAGUCGGCACAUGCAUGGUUUCAGCAAGCGAUUUGUUUAUUCGUUAGUUUUCUUAUGUAAGUCACUAUUGUAUUGGGAUUUUUGAGUCGUGUUCUUUUGAUAACUGAUUUCAGCUUGUUUCCGUAUAUAUUUCUAGUUUUUUGUUUGUAGAGGCAUAAAGAUGGUAUUUUUGUUCUGAUCUAAUAAAUGCAGUUUGCAUUAUUUUA